GAGUCGGCCUUCGCGAGUCAGCCAUCUUUCAAUUGUGCUCUCAUCCGCCGUCGCCCGCAGCAGCUUCAGCACCUCCUCCUUCGUUGCCUGCUCGGCAGCCGCGCUCAGCGUAAGCGGACGGGGGUAUAAGGAAGAGAAGUUCGCGGGAACAUGGCUCGUACCAAGCAAACUGCCCGCAAAUCCACUGGGGGGAAGGCGCCCAGGAAGCAACUCGCGACGAAAGCCGCUCGAAAGAGUGCGCCCUCUACCGGCGGGGUCAAAAAACCUCAUCGCUACAGGCCAGGUACUGUAGCUCUUCGUGAAAUCAGGCGUUAUCAGAAAUCAACUGAACUUCUGAUUCGCAAACUUCCAUUUCAGCGCCUGGUGCGUGAAAUUGCCCAGGACUUCAAAACAGAUCUGCGUUUCCAGAGCGCAGCUAUUGGUGCUUUGCAGGAGGCAAGUGAGGCCUACCUGGUUGGCCUGUUUGAAGACACCAACCUUUGUGCUAUCCACGCCAAACGUGUCACAAUCAUGCCAAAAGAUAUCCAGCUAGCACGUCGCAUACGUGGAGAGCGUGCUUAAAUUCUACUAAGAUGGAUUUGUCAUUUUCAAAACAAAUAAAAUCUCUUCUUCCUGUUAUUGGUAGUAAUGAACGUUAGAUUUUUUUUUUCCCAUGGGGUUAAAAGGUACCUAAGUCUAUGGUUGCAGAUGGAAAAAUAGAGGACAGAAUCGGGUAUUGGCAAGUUAUUUUUCAUUUUCAUUUGUGUGUGGAUUUUUAAUAUAAACGUGGGGACAUAUAAAGCAUUAUUGCUGUAAAAAAACCCAUUUCAUUGAACAAAUUUCAGCAGUUCAACUUUAUAACAAUUAUAAAUAUGCCAGUCAGACUUUUCUGGACAAUGCCAGCAUUUGGUUUUUGUUUUUUUUAAAAAGGUAAAUUUCUUAUUGAUGGCAACUAUAUGAAGUCUGUAUCAUACAGUAGAUUCCAUCCACUCAUUAUACUUUUCUAAGUUGUCCUACAUGCAAGUAUAUGUUUUUAAUGUUGUCUGUCUUCUGUGCUGUACCUGUAAGUUUGCUAUUAAAAUACACGAAAUAAUAUUUGUUUUUUGUCUUAAUUUUUAAGUAUUUAUUACCUAUAAUUCAGCAGCAAUGGAUACCUGUUUAAAAUGCACUUAAUAUGCUGCAUUUAUAUGAAAAUUUAUAAAAUGUAUGUUGUAGCUCAAAUAUAGAAUUAUGAACCCAUUAAAAUAUUUGAGGAUACAG